CGCACUUAGAAGACCCCUGACGCGCGCGGGCAACCAGUGCCCACAACAAACACGGACAGAAGGGCACGGACACCUGGAGAAAAGUUGUCUCUCAAACAUAACUGAAAAAACAAGGUUCAUUUUGUACACCUCUCAGUUAUUUUUAUCAGGAUGGCAGAUGCAGAGGAGAAAACGAAUACCUGUGGGACAAUAUGCCUCAAAUACCUUCUGUUCAUCUUCAAUCUCCUCUUUUGGUUGGCAGGGGGCGCUGUGAUGGCGGUGGGAAUAUGGACUCUGGUGGAUAAAAGCGACUACAUCAGUCUUCUGUCCUCCAGCACAUACAUGGUUGCGGUGUUCAUCCUGAUUGGUGCGGGAGCCAUCGUCCUUUUUACUGGGAUAUUGGGCUGCUGCGCCACCAUCAGGGAACAAAGAGGACUUCUUAUAGUGUUCUUCAUCCUGUUGCUGUGUAUCUUCUUACUAGAGGUUACGGCUGGAAUUUUGGCCUACGUCUAUUAUCAGGAGUGUUUCCCUCUCUGCUACCAGCUGAACUCGGAGCUGAGGGUCGAUCUGAAAGAGAGGAUGGUGCAAAACUACCAGCAGCCGGGACAAGAGCACAUCACCAGAGCUGUGGACAAACUCCAGCAAGAUCUGAAGUGUUGUGGCAGUAACAGCUCAGCUGACUGGAGGGAGGGGGCCUGGAUACAGACGCUUGCCGACAGACGCCUGGUGCCUGACAGCUGCUGUAAGACCCCCACAGAACGCUGCGGAGUCAGAGACCACCCAUCCAACAUCUACAGAGUGGAGGGUGGUUGUAUAUCUAAACUAGAGGAGUUUAUUCUUCAACACCUGCUGAUUUUGGGCUCAGUGGGUCUUGGGAUCGCGUUUAUACAGAUUGUGGGCAUGAUAUUUACCUGCUGCCUCUAUCGAAGUUUGAAAGAAGAAAUAUACUAAGGGCCUGUUCCCACCCGCACCAAAAAGCCUUCCUGCACUCUGCAUUACUGUCUGUUACUGUGUAGUUUUAAUGUGCUGUGUGAACCAAAAUCUACCAAAAGUGCAUAACAAAUUUCCUGUUGUUUUAGUGGAUUUUGAGUCAAUAUUGUAAAAACAAGUUCAUUUCAGCAAUGUUGUGUGCAUCAUAUUUGCUCAGUAAAUUGUUUAUGUACAGUACUGUGCAAAACCUUUAGGCUUAAUCUCAGGAGAAACAUCACCCUGAUCUUUAGAUAUCUGUACCGGCUAUUGAAAAACAAUAUCGGUCGACCAUUUAUGUCAAAAAUUAAUGACGCAGGAUGAUGUGUCAAUAUGUUUUGGCUGCAGGACAGUCCUUCUGGAUGGGAAGUUUAAAUUGCAUUUUUUUAAGGAAAGAUUUUGGUUGAUACAUGUUGACAUUUUUUUAUUUUGCUGUACAAAAACAAAUCAGUGUAAUAAUAAUUAUUAUUUUGCCUGAUCUCUGACUCUCUGUACUCGAACCCUAGCUAAGGCUUCCCUUUGGAGUUUUUAUAAUGGCAGUUUUAGAUUUAUGUGUAAAAUAAGGUCUGUAGUAAAUGUUACUUGGAGAUACUUGGACGUUUUUUAUUAGAACAUAGAUUACAUACUAUCAUGCCUCAAACGUGAAUUUUGAACAAUUAUAUUGCUUAACAAGUUGCUAAAUAAGGACUACAACUACCUCAAUUAUGUGAGUGCACGUGUCUGAUGAAACAGAUCACCGUUGUAGUCCUUAUUUAGCAACUUGUUAGCAACAUGCUUUUCUGAAACCGAUGACGGAUUUAAAAUUCACCUUUGGGGCAUUAUUUCAUGUCAUUUCUGUUGUAGAACAAAACAUCAGAGUAAUGUUUACCACAUACCCAAACUGCCAUUAUAAAAAAUACAAAAUAAACUUUGGGAAAUCUGAGUGAAUCCAUGUCACGAAAAUACUAAUUCUUUCCCGUUUUUUAAAUUAAUUUUAUUUUGUGUUUUAUUUUGUUAUUGUUGCAGAUGGUAGGCCAUUAGAGUUGCAAUUAAUGACUUACAACAAUAUAAAUUCAAAGAUGGAUAUCUUUAUUAUUCUUUUAAUAUUUUAAUGAGGGGAUAUUAAAUUUAGCUUGUUUUGUGUAAAAUAUUUAGUAAAUUAUUAAAACAUGA